CUCAAACAAACAGUGGAGCCAAAACAUAGUUAGCUGUGCUAGAUAUGUAAAAGUUCGCUCAAAAGAAGGCGGAAAACAUCCCUGUUCAACGUUAUAAGUUUCCACCAUGAAGACCUCCAAACCAGUGCUAAAGGCCUCUACUCAGGAGGAGUGUGGUGUGUGGCUGGACACUGUGCAGUUGAAAGCUAAAGCUAAACAGAAAAAAGUAGUUCGUCCCAUUUCUAAACUGCUGAACCCGUUUGUUGAGGGUGGAGGAUACAGUUUGGCUGUGGCGCUCAACUUCACUCAGACCAAAAUAGAAAUGCCGAAGACCAAACAGGCCUCCAUAUCAGCCUUCUUUGCACCUAAAUGCAAAGUUCUCAACAAGACGUCCUCAUCUGAUGCACCAGUAUGGUCCACCUCAUCAUCUACGUCAACUGAUCCCUCACCUGUAGCAUCUGGUACAAAGCGCAGAUGUGAUAUGGACCAUGAGAUGUCUGAUUUUUAUAACUCAGAGGACCAAAAAGAAAAUGUUCCUGUGGAUCAUGAGUGGAAAUGUAAAAAUGUGACUAAGCCUGAAGCAGCAGUGGGGCAGGAGCAGGAUGAGGCAAACUACUCGCCUCCUCAAAACACGUACUGUGAAUUUGAAGAAGAGCAGACUGAUGAGAUGAAGCUACCAGAGAGAAAGAGAAGACUCAUUGAAACCUCGUCAUUGCCAGGUGACAGUCAGCCUCUUCCACAGGCGUGGAGUCAGGACCCAUUGAUCACAUAUGAAAGUGAAUUUGACCUGACUAACCAGAAAUACACCACAGCUAAGGACUUAAAUGACUAUGAGCCAAGUUUCCUGAACAGUUUGCAAAGUGAGGAUGCCUUUGUAACUCGGAUGAAUUCGGAAGGGAAAACCUCAACUCAAAAAGCCUUUAAAAACUUUUCUUCUUCUCAGAUAGAUGAUGAGAAAGCAUACAGCUGGUCAUUGUCUUCUAACUCUCCAAGCGAGCAGUCACCUCUCUCGAACUGUAAAAGGACAGAACCAAAAACUGCAUCACCUCCAAAAAAUAUCCCAGAACACCCGAAGAGAAAGGCUUAUAAAGAAGAGAGCCUUGACUCCCAGUUCAAGUGGACGAAACCAAGAACCUCCCCUUUAAAAAAACGAGCAGCACAGCAGCAAGGCAGAGAGGUUGACGAGGACAGUCUGGCCAUGCUGUUCACCCAGGACUCUGAAGGCUUCAGGGUGAUAGCACACCGCAGUCUGCAAGCCAGGAGUCCACUUAAGGAUCAGAGUAACGUGAGCACUGGGACGGCGAAAAGACGUUUUGCUUAUAACUGUGUGUUUGAGGAUGAGGAAGAUGAUUUUCUCUUUACUCAAGAUUCUCAGGGAAAUAUGGUGAUCAAACACUGAGAGGACACUUUGAAACUCAGUAUCAGACAUUUUACUGUAUGUGGAUUGUUGAUCUGUAGUGUUUUUAAACACAUUUGUACCUCAUGCACUAGUUGUCAAAGCUUGAAACUAAUUGUCAGGAUUUUACU